AGGGCAUCACAUAUAUUUAUUUUUUUAUUCAUUCUUUAAAAACCCUUACCCAUUGCCUAGCUCCCCCUAUUUCCCUAAAUUCUUAACCUGUACUGUCUUUGUGACACAAUCGAUACAACCAAUUAAGAAAAAAAAGACAAUCCAGUUAGUUGCUUGUUGUCUGUUGUCAAAUAAGUUGAUUGACUAAAAUUUUCAUUGUUAAUCAUAUGUUUUGGUGCCAUGGAGAUGCAUGUGGUCUUCCUAUUAGGGGCUCAGACCAGUAAAUUGCCAAUUUAGCAAUGGGCACACGAACCCUACAUAUAUCCUCAAAACAAACAUAGAAGGAGACCCUAGGACACCAGCUCCCUAAUGUGGAGAGUUCUAGACCCUAGGGAUCCAGAGGCCUAGCUAGCAUCAGCAGCCAGUGAACAUGGAAAGGCCAGUCUAGGGAAGGAGAAGCAGGGUUCACUUAGAAAUGUUUAAAAAUAUCUUCUUGUCAACUGAUUUCUGUAAUGCUAAAAAAGUGGAAGUUCUGCUAAGUUGUAUCUGUAAUAAUUUUUUUAAUUAUUAGUUUAUUUUGCUUCUUCUAAAUUCUGGUGGCCUGAGACUGAGUCUAGGUCUUUGUAGUCUAGGUACAGCUCUGGUAGGAGACUAUAUCUACAUCCAUAAAUAUUAAUGUCUGUACUCAAGAGGCUGAAAAUGGAAGAAAGGAUUUGGUAGAAGCAUGUGUAAAAGCUUUGUAUCACACUCAAAUUUCUUAUUCUCCUGAUCUCUCAUUAUGCUUUCGGCAACGAGUCAGUGUGGGAGAGACCAUUAAGGUUGUUCUUUUAAACACCUACUUUGGAAGGUAUAUCCUUCAGGUGGCAUUAAGCAGCCCACUCCCUGUCUGCCCACGCCUGGAUCCAGAGGGAAGAACAUUUUUGCGUGUGGGGGUGACAUUCUUGUUUCAAGGGAAUGGUCCAUGAUGUUAUUUUUGCUUCCCACAAAUGGAGAUGUUUAAAAUAGGGCUUUAUUCCAUCGGUAUAAGUGACACAUAGCCUAUGUAUAGUGGGGAAGUAAGGGCCUGGCAGAUGAGAAGUACUUGAUCUCAACAAAAUCCAAGAGCUGUGGUGGUUCCCAGAUCACAACUGGGGAGCUGCUUCAGGGGUCACCAGCAAAGAGCCCAAAUCUCGGGCUGAACCAUACUCUUUCCCACACCACUGGAUGGACCAAAUGGAUGAACCUCAAAGCCAGUGAGCUGGGAUUUGGGCUUCACUUCCGUCACUGGGUUGCAUUUCCUCUUUGAACCUCCCUCCAAGCUGCAUGGUACUGAUGAAGGGUAAACUUCUUCGUUGUUUGUUAGUGUCUUUUGACCCUGCAGCCCUGGAGUAGGGCCAGUGUAAUCUAAUCAGGGGACUGCUGCUGAGGCUAUAUUUAAUUAGGGGCUUAUUGUCUGGCUGGGGUUUCACAAAUUCAGAGACCUUUCAAAACCUUUGUUGGGGGAAUGGUGGAGCCUCCAUUUUCUGCCUUCAAACCCUUCCAAUUCCUCCACUUUAGCGACCAUAUCUGAAAAGCUUGACAAAGCUUCACUCGCUUGCUCUGUGAAGAAUUCACCGUUGUCCUUUUUGUUGGCUCUAUAAACAUUCUAGACUAGACUUCCAAAAAAACAUUGAGAAUUGAGGGGCGAGACUAGGGAGGGCAACUUGGGGGCUUGUGGAAGAGGCUCUUUUCUCCUGUUAACAACUUUCUUGCCAGAACCCAACCCCUUCAGCUGCUCCUAAGAGGAAUUGGAUGCCUUUCCAAGGGAACGUUAGACCACUUCUCAGGGAAAUCUUGAACCCUUUCCAGAAUUUCUGUGAUGAAGAACGGGGCUUUAAAGAGAUGCAAUGCAAAUCAGGGAGAGGGAAAGGGUAAAGUCCCAUUAAUUUGGGACUUUGGGAGAUGAAAGAGGUGAGAAAGCUGAAGAAUAUUUUACUAUUUCCUCAAUUAUCUAAAGUAGAGGUUACAAAGCCCUCUGAUUGUUUGGGGGUAAAAAUAUGUAUGAUCCCUCUCUCUCAAACCUCUGUUUCCCCUCCGCCCCAACCUCCUUUUUUUUUUUUUUUUUUUUUUUUUUUUUUUUUUAAAUCUCUUUCCCUCUCUCUCUUAAAAUUCUCUCUGGAAUCUCAGCUCCAUCCAGACGUUUGGUUUCAAUAUGACUAGAUACUGGACACUAAAAAUAUUUCUGGAAUGACGUGAACCUCUCUCACCCCAUUCAGGACCCGACAAGGCUACACAAGAACCAACACAUGCUUUCCCUUCAUUUCUGGGUGUCUCCGGGUCGGGCUACAGAUGCUGCUCCUUCUGUUACCAAUGGCAUUCCGUCUCAUAGCUGCAUCCAGUGCCAAGCCAACAACUGUACGGGAAAGCUCAGCUACAAGACCUUGGCAGCUAUCGGGGCAGGAGCAGCAGGCCCCCCAGCACAGACCACUGCGGCCACCUCCACCACCCCCGCCACCCCAUCCAGGGGCCUUCCUAUCUCCCUUGGGUUUGCCCAGGCCCUGCCACAGGGGCUGAAGAAGUUGAAGCUCAUAUCAGCAACAGCAGCGUCCCCAGCUGGGGGGCCAGUCCAGGCACGUGGGUCCCUUCUCCAGGCAACUCUUCGUCCCAGAGGGAGCCGGAGCAGGAUCGAAGACACCUUCAGCUCUCACCACUGCCUCCUCCUGUCACUGCGGCCUGGGGAAGGGAUCAGUAUGGAAGUGACCACUCCUGACCCAGAGGGGCAGCCCAAACUGAGUGAGAUCGAGGAUGGGGAGGGCAGCAGACAAGUCAGCCAAGACCUCAAGCAACAACAGCAACCCAAGCGUCCAAAGCCAUCGGGGGAAGCAAAAUAUGUGGAGAUCUGUGGCCCUGCUGGAGCAGUCAGAGAAAACCCUGGGUCUUUGAGCUUAGCUCUAGAGGGUGGCCCUGAGAAGCCAGAGCGCAAAGCUAGCAGCCCCCUGUAUGAGUCCUCUGCCCCCACUCCCCAGACUCCUACCUCCCAGGAACUUGCCAGCUUCCAGCUCUCCUGCAGCCCCGGGAGUUCCAAGUCCUUUACUUCUUUCUCCUCCGCCUCCUCUUCCUCCCCCGCAACGGACAAGGUAGGGGAAGCCGGCUCUCCCCACCUGGAUGACACGACCACAUCCAGGGGUGGGCCAGCCUCAUUGUCUUCUUCCUUAGGUUUCGAGAGUGAGAGCAGUGAGGGCAGUGACAGCGAAACCAGCUGCCCUGAGGAUUACAACCCAGCCCACCAGCCCAGAGGGGGAGAAGGAGGAAAAGCCAGAGGAGGAGCAGGAAGAGGAGGACCAGCAGGGUUCAGGGCCAGCCCUGCCAAGGCCCAGGGCCGCAGCCACCCCCCUCCGAGAGAGGAGGCUCACUACAUCACCACCCAUGAGAUCCAGCUGAGUGAAGUCGAACAGGACACAGACUUUGACCUCGGAUUGGCCUCCCGCUGGGACUUCGAGGACAACAACGUGAUCUACUCAUUCGUUGACUAUGCUUCCUUCGGUGGCAGCGAUGAGACCCCCGGGGACACCACCACCCCGACCGAAGACAGCUGCUACCUGAGCACCGGCCCCAGCACCAGUGCCACCAGGUCUCCCACCCCCAUCAGCAGUGAUCCAGGGCACGCCACCACAGCCAGCAACGGCCGGGACACGAGCAGCACUCAAGUGGGCAGCACCGUCUCUGAAAGUGACACCGAUUCCGUGGCUGCCUUCACCCCCCCAUGCGAGCCCCCAGGCGAGCCCCAGAAGGCAGUUCCAGCAGCAGCGGCGGCAGCGGCAGCAGCAGCAGCAGCAGCCCCAAGCAGCUGUGGGAAUGCUCCAGGCCAGAUCCGCCUAUCAAUCAAACCAACUUCCCGGGCUAUAAAUGAGCCUAGCAACGUGCGGGCAAAGCAAAACAUUAUUCACGCUGCCAAGCAUGAAGGCGAAAUGAGCCUCCGAGUCUCCGCAGCUGCUGACCACAGUUCAAGCUUGCCCAAGCCGCACUCGGCUGCAGCCACAGCUCCAGACCAUGCGAAGAAGUUUAUCGCCCUACCUGCCCGCCUGCAGACCAGGUGCGGGGCCAUCCGGGCCAAAGAGCUGGUGGAUUACUCCAGUGGCGCGUCCAGUGCAGUCAGCGAGCUGGACGAUGCGGAUAAGGAGGUCCGCAACCUGACUUCCCGAGCCUUCCGCAGCUUAGCUUACCCUUACUUUGAGGCCCUCAAUAUCAGCUCCAGAGCCUCCUCCACAGCCCUCUCAGACGUUGGCUUCGGCCGCUGGUCCACCUUCUUGGACUUAAAAUGCGGGGGUCUCGGAGCCAGAGUGGAGCAGAGCCUGCUCAAGAACAGUGCGGCCUCUGUGGCUGCGGGCCUGCGCAAGGGCACUGGGGCCAGGCCCUCGGCAGACCAACUCUAUAUCCAGUCCAAGAAGUCCCAGACCAAGGCCCUGGAGUUUGUGGUCAGCAAAGUGGACGGGGAGAUCACCCACGUGGAGACACCCCUGUGCUUUCAGAAACAGGUCCAAAGUGGCUCCCGAGUCGUCACCCUUUUGGAGACACUAAAUUUACGCAGCGAGAGCAAAGCGAGCUCUGCUGCUGGGGGCUUGAGAAAAGGCUCCAGCAAGGCCCCAGGGUCGGUUUACACAGAUGAUGGCUCUGAGACGUCGGAAAGCAGCAAGCCUUCCUCUCGGGCUGAAGGAACACAGAAGAAGUCCAAAUUUGCCUCCAGCCUUCUCAAAAAUGUCAUCUCCAAGAAAAUGCAGAGGGAACAGGAGUUCAAAAUGGAGAGAGGAGAAGUCUCAGACACAUCUCACCGUAAGAACACCUCCGGCUCCUCCAGGGAGCCCGAGGACCCCUCAGGUUGGGAGAAGCCUCCCGAAAAGGGUCUGCAAAGACAGAGCUCCCACUACUCAGAGGCCAGUUCUGAGUACACUGUGGUGAGUAUCUCAGAUGCUGGUGAGGACACUCCAGUCUCUGAAAACAAAUCUCCAGUUUUUCAGGCCAGCGUUCCCCGGGAAAGCAGUGCCAGCUCCAGCAGACCCGGUGCUGACCACAGGCCGGAAGAAGUAUGUGGUUUUAAGAGGAGCGCCUCCGAAACGGUCAAGGGCAUCUUUCUGCGCAGCCAGAACAGCGCGUUUAGGUCCUGGAAGGAGAAGGAGGCUGAGAAGCUGGAGGAGAAAGCCCCCAUCCGGAAACUGAAGCUCUCCAGAGGUGGGGACUGGAGAGCUGACCUUGGGGAGAUUUCGGCCAGCAAGUCCACAAUCAUGUCCCGCCUCUUCAUUCCCCACAUCCAGCACACUCCCAAAGACAAGCAGCCAGGAAAGCAGGCCACCAAAUAUCCUACGGCUCAGGCUGCCUCCACAGCUGUGGUCAAGCCCAAAGUCCCUGAAAUCAAGAUCCGCCUGGGCAGUGUACAGGAGCCCAGUGCCGACUUUAAUAUAGCCAAGUUACUCACCCCCAAGCUGGCAGGUGGCAGCAGCACGUCAACCCUUUUCAGGACCAUCGAGGACAAUGCCAGAGCCCAGCAGAAGCUUUUCAGGGGGGACAGCUUGGAAAAGGUGCCCCAGUUCCAGGUCCGGGAUGUGAGGGAUAAGUCCAAGACUCAAGGGCCACUCCACCAGGUGAGAGAUGUCAGGAAACUGAUCAAAGGAUCUGGGGAAAGCAGUGAUAAAGGAAGUGUGACCCCUGAGCAGGGAAGCUCGGGACCUAAACCCAGGCAGCUCUCUGCUGCAGGUAGCGGCGGGCCCAAGUCCCUGUCCCCAAUGGUGAUCACGUGCCAAGCUGUAGCCAGCCACAGAGAAGAAGGUACGGACCGAGAUCUUAGAGACAGCCUAGGGAAAGCUGCCGCGAGGACCCUUCCCUCUUCUCCAGAAGGGACCGUCCUAGUUCACAGAGCAUCUGGCCGCUUACCUGUGGCUACCAUUGCUCCCAAUAAAACUGAACAGGGUUCCCACCUGCCUGUCCUAAAGAUCAUCUCCAAGACAUCUGCCCAGAAGACACCAGAAAAGCCCAGAGAAGAAGAGGCCAAGGAGGAGGUCAAAGCCCCGAAGCCCUCCCGCAAUGCCCUGGAGAAGCUCACUGCGGCGGUGAGAUCCAUGGAGGAACUGUAUAGCUUCAAUAGGUAUGAAUGGAAGCGCAAGAGUGACCCAUUGCCCAUGAUGACUGACAGUCACGUGCUGUCCCUCAUUGAGAGUGAAGAACGGGAAGGCAGUGGCGGGGAGGCGGGCAAGCCAGCCAAGAGGUUGGGUGAGGUAGAAGAACGAGGACCAGGGGGGAAGAGCGGGGUGGUCAUGCGGGGGGUGGCACCUGAACGCCUUCAGCGGAGAAACUCCAACCCCAGUGCUGAGAGCGUGUCCGCCAGGGCUGCAGCCUUCGAGAACAUGGCCAGGGAAAGGCCCCGAUCUCUCUACAUUCCCCCAGCCCACAAAGACGUGGAGAGGGCCCAACCUCUGCAGCCCUUACCUCCCUUGCCUAGCACGCGAAAUACCUUCACAGUAAGUACCCAGAAAACAGCCGUGGUGGCAGGUGGGGUCGCAGGCAAAUUCCCUCAAGGGCCUGCCCAGGAAAGCUCUUCCUUGGCAAAGGGGAUCAAGACCCAGGGACUCCGAUCCCUAAAGAUUUCUCCAGCCACCCGAACACUGCCCGCUGAAGCCACUAGCAAGAAACACGGCAGCGAUGGGGAGAAGGGCUUGGACUCAGCCAGCAGUGACAGUGGGAACUACCUGACCAGCCCUCUCAAGGGGAACGUGGGGGGUGCCGAGGUACCUGGAAGAGCUGGAGCAGCGGCUUCUUCUGCUGCCACCCUCUGUAGCCUGCCGCCCCUAAGUGCCCGCAGCCAGGUCCCCAGCAGUGCCAAAGGUGCUCAGAGCAGUGGGGUCAGCCGACCCAGCUGGCGUAAUAAGACAGACAGUGCUCGAGACCCUGCUACCACUGCCCCAGCGGUACCUCAGACCCCCGAGCAUCCCCCGACAGCUGUCUAUCACCAGCAGUCACUGCCCUUCACCCUACACGGGGCCCAACCACAGGUACUGUGCUUCUCCCCUCCCAGCAUCUCUGCCCCACCCCCUGCAGCAGCAGCUCCAGGCCCAACAGACCCCUUCCAGCAGCCACAGCCUCAGCAAACUCAGCGAAAGAUGCUACUCGACCUGACCACUGGCCAGUACUACCUGGUAGACACACCAGUUCAACCCAUGACAAGGCGGCUAUUUGAUCCAGAGACUGGGCAGUAUGUAGAUGUCCCUAUGACCUCUCAGCAGCCGGCAGUGGCUCCCAUGUCCCUCCCCGUCCCCCCUUUAGCUAUGAGCCCCGGUGCCUAUGGCCCCACCUACAUGAUCUACCCUGGGUUCCUUCCCCCGAUGCUGCCCCACAAUGCCCUGCAGCCUACAACCCUCGCCCGUGCUCCUGGAGGGAGUGAGCUCUCCCCCAUGACUAGAGACCCCUCUGGCAAAGAUGCAGUAGCCCCCAGAGAUAUGGCUUUUGCGGAGACCCCGUAUUUCAUUGCAAUGGGCCAGCCUCCCUCCACUUCCUCCUCUGGCUCCGCUGCAACCUCCCAGCUUGUGGGGGCCAAGGGAUUCGCCCAGGUCCACGGCAAGCCGGUCAUCAGCAUCACCUCACAGCCGCUGGGGCCAAGGAUCAUCACGCCCCCAUCCUUCGACGGCACCACCAUGAGCUUCGUGGUGGAGCACAGAUGAGGAGCAAAAGCAUUUAUGGGAAAGCAAACUGAAGCAGCUUUAGGAGCAAGGCAAAAGGACUCUCCUCACUUAAUCUGGAAAUGGCCUUGCAGCAGCACGAAGGAUUCAUCUGUAAAACAGUUU